CAGGAAGUAAACCGUGCGUGGUUGAAAUCCUCAAACAGAAGCGCGUCGCCUUCCAUUCGGCUGCAUCCGAUAAACACGCAACGUAUGUGGUGGCUCAGUAACAUUAGUUACACGACAACUGCAACGACGAAAGAGUGGGAAGAUGUCUGCAGGGACCACAGCAAAGUACGUGAAGGAAAAGGACCGCUGUUGUCGACGACUGGAACAUCUUUGGCUGCAGCCUUAUGUUGUGUUGCGCAGAGCAGACAUCAGUGAAGCUAUUCGUGCUAAGCAGGAGGAGCCGGACCGCACUCGCAUUAAAGAGGAAGAUGUGGGCAAGGAGGUCCACCACUUCAAUGAACAAAUGGAGCAGAAGUUUCUUUGCACUAUAAAAGAGGAGGAAGAGCCGGAGCGGCCUUGUCAGAAAGAGGACGGAGAGGACUCCUGCGACAUCAAAAAGGAGGAGGAAGAUACCUGCGAGAUGCAAUUGACUGGUGUACUUGUGAAGCGUUUAGAUGAGGCUCAACGUGAGGUGAGCAAAGGGGCGGAGCCUCCAAACUGCAGCUCAAGUCCACAUAUGACCAGAGAAGGUGAUGGAGACCACUGUGGGGAAUCACGAGCAGCUCCACCAUCAGAUAGUGAUGACGUGUUGUCACAUGUUCCUGCUGCUGCUGAUGAUGAUGACGACUCUCAAAACAAACACAAGCAAUGUUCUCACUGUGGAAUUUGUAUUGCUCAUAGCAGUAGUUUGAAACAACACAUGAGAAUGCACACAAGAAAGAAAAACUUUUCCUGUUCAGAUUGUGGCAAAAAGUUCUCUCAGAGGGGACAUUUAAAUAGGCACACAAGAACCCACACUGGCGAGAAACCUUUUUCAUGCUCAGUUUGUGGGCAAAUAUUCUCUCAAAGGGGAAGUUUAAAUACGCACACAAGAAUCCACACUGGCGAGAAACCUUUUUCAUGCUCGGUUUGUGGCCAAAAGUUCUCUCGGAAAGGAAAUUUAAACACGCACACAUUAACCCACACUGGCGAGAAACCUUUUUCAUGCUCAGUUUGUGGCCAAAAAUUCUCUGAGAGGGGAAGUUUAAAAAAGCACACAAGAAUCCACACUGGCGAGAAACCUUUUUCAUGCUCAGUUUGUGGCCAAAAGUUCUCUCGGAGGGAACAAUUAAAUUUACACACAUUAACCCACAGUGGCGAGAAACCUUUUUCAUGCUCAGUUUGUGGCCAAAUGUUCUCUCAGAGGGGAAAUUUAAAAAAGCACACAAGAAUCCACACUGGCGAGAAACCUUUUUCAUGCUCAGUUUGUGGCCAAAAGUUCUCUCAGAGGGAACAUUUAAAUUCACACACAUUAACCCACACUGGCGAGAAACCUUUUUCAUGCUCAGUUUGUGGCCAGAAAUUCUCUGAGAGGGGAAGUUUAAAAAAGCACACAAGAAUCCACACUGGCGAGAAACCUUUUUCAUGCUCAGUUUGUGGCCAGAAAUUCUCUCAGAGGGGAUAUUUAAACACGCACAUAUUAACCCACACUGGCGAGAAACCUUUUUCAUGCUCAGUUUGUGGCCAAAAGUUCUCCUCUAGGCAAAAUUUAAAUAUACACACAAGAAUCCACACUGGCGAGAAACCUUUUUCAUGCUCAGUUUGUGGCCAAAAAUUCUCUCGGAGGGGACAUUUAAAUUCACACACAUUAACCCACACUGGCGAGAAACCUUUUUCAUGCUCAGUUUGUGGCCAAAAGUUCUCUCAGAGGGGACAUUUAAAUACGCACACAAGAAUCCACACUGGCGAGAAACCUUUUUCAUGCUCAGUUUGUGGCCAAAAGUUCUCUCGGAGGGACCAUUUCAAGACGCACACAUUGACCCACACUGGCGAGAAACCUUUUUCAUGCUCAGUUUGUGGCCGAACAUUCAGUCAUAAGCAUCACUUAAAAAAGCAUGCAAGAAUCCACACUGGCGACGAACCUUUUUAAUGCUCAGUUCGGCCAAACAGUCUCUCAGGGUAAGCUUAAUCAGGCACACAGGAGCCCACACUGGAGAGAAACUUGUUGCUUGCUCAGUCAGUUGCCAAAAAGUUGAUUGAGAAUUUUGGGAGAUGAGCAACAAUCCAUGAAGUUCUCACCUUCUAUUUGAGCAGACUUUAUGAGUUUAUGCAUCAAUGAUAGUUCUAUUCUAGUAUGCACCUUUUGAUUGAGAUGCUGAAGUUUAUUUUGUUUUUAGUUGUGUGUUCAUAUUUAGGGCAAGUUGCUUGGUUCUUAUUAGUGUUGGUUCAGGAUUUUGUUUUGUUCAGCUUUUCAUGUUCAUGCCUGCAAAGCGGACUUUAAACCGAUGAUGUGGAUAAGAAAAAUGAAAUAGUGUUGGAUAUCUCCCAUUUUUCUUCAACAAUAAUAAUAAUAAUAAUAAUAACUGGGAUUUAUAUAGCGCUUUUCUAGAUACCCAAAGUCGCUUUACAUGUGUGUGUGUGGGGGGGGGGGGAGGAGGGAGGAUAAAGAACAACUUUAUUGGGAAAGAAAACUAAGAAAAGAAAGAAAAAAAAAAAGAAAAUAAGAAGAACAAAGAAACACCAAGGGCAGGGUCAGUUAGGAAAGGCUAAUGUGAAGAGGUGGGUUUUUAGGGUGGUUUUGAAGGUAGGGAGGGAGGGGGCAUCUCUGAUGUGCCUGGGGAGAGCGUUCCAGAGAGAGGGGGCAGCCACGGAGAAGGCCCUGUCGCCCCAGGUUCGGCGCCUGGUCUUGGGGACCUCAAGGAGGCCGGCAUCACUCGACCUGAGGGAACGGGAUGGGACGUGUGGCUGGAGGAGGUCAGAGAGGUAGGGUGGAGCCAGGUUAUGGAGUGCCUUGUAGGUAGUGAGGAGUAUUUUAAAGGUGAUUCUAUGUUUGACAGGCAGCCAGUGGAGGUCAUGAAGGACAGGUGUGAUGUGCUCUCUGGAGCGGGUUCCGGUGAGCAGGCGGGCAGCGGAGUUCUGGACAUAUUGCAGUUUGUUGAGGGUUUAGGAGGUGAUGCCGUAGAGGAUGCUGUUGCAGUAGUCUAGUCGGGAUGAGAUGAAGGCGUGGAUGAGGGUUUCGGCAGCAGAGGAUGUGAGGGAGGGCCGGAUACGGGCAAUGUUUCUGAGGUGGAAGAAUGCAGUUUUGGUGAUGUGGUUUACGUGGGGGAGGAAUGAGAGGGUAGGGUCGAAAAUGACACCUAGAUUGCGGAUGUGGGUGGAGGUAGUGACAAGGGAGCCGUCGAUGUUUAGUGAAAAGUCCUGAGUGGAGCGAGUGAGGGAGUCGGGGCCAAUGACGAUUAUUUCAGAUUUUUUGCAGUUGAGUUUUAGAAAGUUAUUUUGCAUCCAGGUUUUUAUGUCUGUGAGGCAGGUGGUGAGGGUGGAGUGGGUGGCUGCGGUGAUGGUCGUGGUGGAAAGGUAUAGUUGUGUGUCGUCAGCAUAGCAGUGAAAUUGAAGGCCGUGGUGGCGGAGGAUCUGACCGAGGGGUAGGAGGUAGAUGGUGAAGAGUAAGGGGCCAAGUGCUGAGCCCUGGGGGACACCGUGGGUGACUGGGGCAGUGGAGGAGGUGCAGUUGUUGAUUGAAAUGAAUUGCUGACGGUCAGAGAGGUAGGAUUUCAUCCAGGAGAGGGCAGUGCCGGAUAAGCCAAGGGAGGAGUGGAGGCGUGAUAGGAGGAUGGAGUGGUUGAUGGUGUCGAAGGCAGCACUGAGGUCGAGGAGGAUGGAGAGGGAACCAGAGUCGGCGGAGAGGAGGAUGUCGUUGGUGACCUUGAGGAGGGCAGUUUCUGUGCUGUGGAGUGAGCGGAAGCCGGGUUGGAACGUUUCGUAUAGGUUGUUGUGGUGAAGGUGGGAUUUAAUUUGGGAGGCAACUGCACGUUCGAGAAUUUUAGAGAGGAAGGGGAGGUUGGAGAUGGGCCUGUAGUUGUUGGGGGAGUUGGGGUCGAGACCGGGUUUCUUACAGUCUUUUUUGUUACUUUACCUUACUAAUAACUUGUUAAAAUGUACUCGAUGUAUUAAGACAUUUCAUUAAAGAGUUGUUUACUUCACAGUAUUGAUGUCUCACCCUAAUUGUAUUUGUAUGAAAUUAUUUUUAAAUGAUAGGAUCACUCUUACUAUUGAUUGUUUGAAUUGUUGCCUUCUUGUUUUUAUAUUGUGUCGCGUACUUGUAUGUCUAUCGUGUUAUGUGUCUCGUCACCGUGGGAUAGAGAAAAACGUCAUUUCGGUCUCUUUGUGUGUUGUGACAUGUGGAGAGAUUGACAAUAAAGAUGACUUUGACUAA